AAUAUUUUAUUGGCGCUGGACGGCACCGGCAACCGGCACCAACAUUGGUAAUCCAAUCUCCAAUCCAAGAGCGGUUCAUCGGUUGGCUGUUGGCUGCACUGCGAGUGCUAAUGCCCGCUAGGUCACGAGUGCGCUAGCGAAUCGUGUGUUCAAAUUGCUGUGAAUUUAAACAGAGAUUAGUAAAUUUGUGCCUUUGAAUCGCGUACAGUAUAAACGCGGAGAAAUGAUAGCGGCGGUGAAUGACUUUUUAGAUGACCUGCGUGGCGGUAGAAUGACUGAUGCACCUAUAGUGAGGGUGGCGCAGGGCGCGCUGCAGGGCCGCGUCGCCAACGCGCCCUCCGGGAAAGCCUACUACAGCUUCCAGGGCAUACCUUACGCGAAACCACCCCUAGGCUCACUCAGGUUUAAAGCGCCGCAGCCCCCGGAGCCGUGGGAGGAUGUCCGCGAUGCCACCGCGGAGGGCAACGUAAGCGCCCAAGUGGACCACAUGGCAAACAAGCAGUACAUCGGUGACGAGAACUGUCUCUUCCUUAAUGUGUACACGCCCAGCAUCGAGGGCUCAUCUCUCCCCGUCAUGGUGUUCAUACACGGCGGCGGCUUCUCCUUCGGCUCCGGCAACACCGACAUGUAUGGCCCCGCCUACCUGGUGGAGAAGGACGUCGUCGUGGUCACCGUCAACUACAGGCUGGGCCCGCUCGGCUUCCUCAGCCUGCACACCCCCGCCGUGCCCGGCAACGCCGGCCUCAAGGACAUGGCGCAGGCGCUGCGCUGGCUGCGGGACAACGUGCACAGCUUCGGUGGCGACCCCGCCAACCUCACCGUGUUCGGCGAGAGCGCGGGCGGCGUCGCCACCUCGCUGCUCACCGCCAGCCCUCUCACCAGGAACCUCAUCAGCAAAGCCAUCAUCCAGUCGGGAACCGCGCUCAACAGCUGGGCUUUCCAAAACGACCCACUGCACAACGCGCGGCAGCUGGCGCGCUCGCUCGGCUGCGACGCGGAGGACGUCGAAGGUAUCCUCGAGUUCCUUUCCACGACGCCCGUCAAGGACCUCGUGGAGGCGGCCUCGCAGACCACCGAGGAGGACUUCAUCCAGAGAGGAGCGAUCACGUUCGCGCCGGUCGUGGAGCGCGAGUUCCCCGGCGUGGAGGCGGCGCUUUCGGAGUCCUUCCUCGACGUGCUGACGUCGGGGCGCGUGGCGCAGGUGCCCGUCAUGAUCGGCAGCACGGCGCUGGAGUUCACGCAGGAGCGGCGCGCGGAGGAGCUGCAGGAGUACCUGCCGGGCGCGCUGGGGCUGGCGCGCGGCUCGGCGGAGGCGGCGGCGGCGGCGCAGCGCCUGCAGCAGCUGUACCUGAGCGGCGAGGAGCGCCUGGGCCGCGCGCAGCUGCUCUCGGACGUCCUCAUCAACGUGGACACGCACAGAUACGUGCAGUACCUGCUCAAGGCGACCAACCAGCCCAUAUACUAUUACAAAUUCGAUUACGUCGGUGAAUUGAAUCUGUCGAAGAAAUUGUAUCCAAAUCUGGAGGAGGAGCUGAAGCAGGCGCUGCACGCGGACGAGCUGAGCUACCUGUUCAGGAUGGAGCUGCUGCAGGACGUGGAGCCCACGAUGCAGGACAUCAAGAUACGAGAGAGGAUGGUCAGGCUCUGGACGAACUUCGCUAAAGUCGGCAACCCCACUCCGGACGAGAACCACUACCUGACUGUGCGGUGGCAGCCGGUGUCCGGCGAGGACCUGCACUGCUUGCGGCUGGCCUCAGAGCUGGCCCUCAUCACCAGCCCCGACGCAGACAGGAUGGACUUCUGGGACGACCUCUACAGCAAGCACUUCAAGAUCUGGAACUUGCCCGAGCAGACCACUCUGCCCUCGACCAUAGAGAUCGUCAGCUACGUGCAGCACAGCUCCGGCUCCAUCGUCGAGGAGACCACGGAGACCCUCGUGCAGACCACCGUACAGGAGACACAGCAACUAGAAAUUACCACCCCAGAACCUGAAGUCAUUCCCGAACCUGUACCGGAAUUACCUUCCGUCCCGGAGCCCGUUCCUGUCGGCCAGAGCGUGGUGGACGCGCCACUAAAUGGUGUUAAAGAGAGCCAAGUGAACGGCAACCACGACAAGAAGCCGCGGACUUCAAAUGAGAUCAAGAUGGUGCAGAACAGCAAUGGCAACCCCAAGGACGUCAUCCGCGCCAACGACCCGCCAGAAGAUGACCUGCCCAAGAACAUCGGCGUCAACAAGUUUGUUAACUUCUUCGAGUCGCUCGGCGGCAAGAAGUGAGCGACAACCGCUUUAGUAACAGUAUUCAAAACAUUCCUUUUGAAUUUUUAGUGGUUUUUUCGGCAAAAAACUCUUCGUUAUAAAUGAACUGUUCUAGUGCCAACAUCACAAACCUAAUUUGUAUAAAAUUAAUUUAAUCAGACCGCGUGACUAAAUUAUUUAAUUAAACUGUAUAAAAUUAAAAAAAAAUAGUGAUGUUUAGUGCCUUAUUAUUUUAUUGCAAUUAUUUUUAUGCUAUAUUAUGAAUAGACAUUUGAUUAUUUUACUGAUGACGGGAAAAUGUGUAGCGAUCAAAGAUUUAAAUACAUAUAUAUUAAUAAAAAAAACAAUUCGUUUUUUGCUCAGAAUUAUGUAUUUAAAUGUUUGGUCGUAUGUUGAAGUGCGGCAGCAGCCAGUCAGGUCGGCCGCACUGUACCUAGUUGUAACGAUUACUGCAAACAUGUAACUGCUUAGUCAAUAAUGAGAAUAUGUGUAUUUUUAUAUAAUUAUAAUGAACCAGAAAUAAAUCAUGUAAAAUAUUU